AUGUCCCUAUGCCUGUACAUGCUGCCUACGUUAGUAAAUGUGAUGCAGACUCACAGUCAGCAGAAAUCAGCUUCGAACACAUGGAACCUGCUGAUACGGUCUCGCCUGUUAAGGAGUUCUGGGUUCAAUACCAAAUGGACAGUGAGACGGAGGGCACGCAGUGGCGAACUCAUCCAGUUCCCGUCCAAGCACACCCGAACGACCGCAUUGAGGGUGAUCAACGAAUGGUCAGCGGAAAAGCCACCGUCGCUCUCCAAGCCUUUCGGACAUUACGUGUUCCGAGUGUUGGCCCGUAACGGAGUCGGUGACAGCUCACCAACGAGAGUAAAGGAUGUGUGCAUCACUCCACCAAAGCAGCCGGAUAGGAAUCCGUCUGGAGUAUGGGCGAAAGGUGCUAGUCCAGAGAAUAUUGUAGUCCACUGGCGGCCUAUGUCACGUGAAGAGUGGAAUGGGAAGAAUUUCCACUACAAAAUA